AUGGACUAUCAGAAUCGUGUCGGGUCCAAGAAAGGUGGUGGUGGUAUAGCUUCAGAUGCACAAGCCAAUUUAGCACGUAGGAAGAAAGUAGAUGACCUAUUAAGACAAGGAGUAGAAGUACCAUACACUUUCGAUGAAGAUAAGACAGUAGGAGAAGGGGGUGAACAAAACGAACCGAUCGAUAACAAGACUAAUAGCAAUCCUUACAUAUACAAGAACCAUUCCGGUAAGCUUGUAUGUAAACUAUGUAAUACUAUGCAUAUGUCAUGGAGCAGUGUGGAACGUCAUCUACAAGGUAAGAAACAUGGCUUGAAUGUCCUAAGAAGAAGUAAACUAGAUAGUAAAAAUGGAAAACCCGGAUCUCAGGGGAAGAUGGGUACCGAGAAGACACAGUUCGAUUUGGAUGUACAAAGUGAACGUGAGAUUAUACAAGAUAAUGGUGUCAUACCGCCUUGCCAAAUAAUACAUAUCAGAGAUGAGGAAUCGGAUCUUGAAGGUAUAUGUAUCAGGGUAGAUUAUAAUGAAAAGAACAGUAAAAGUGAAGUAUUAGAGGGAGAAAAUUCAAUACUGUACCCUCCAUUUGCUAGAAUUGUAUCAGGGUUGGAACUUACAUCAAAAGAAGAAAAUGAUAAGAAAUAUAUAGUAGUAGCGAACCCCCCAUUUAGCAAUGCAGCCAUAGAGAUACCGAACAAAGAAAUAGUAUACCGAACAGAUGAUUAUUUGGCUAAUUCUGUGGAUGAAUUUAAUAAUAAGUCGACGUACUGGGACAAAGAUCUGGGACUUUUCUUCAUACAGAUAUUCUUUAAGAAGGAGGAAGAGAAGAAAGAUGUUAAAACGCCUGAGAACCCCAAAGCGUAA